UUCUAAUUCAUAUUUUGGGCUAUUCUAAAAGAAUCAGUUCAGGUUUUUAUUUGUUCUGAUAUUUAAUGUCCUCAUUAUUCCUGUCCUGGGGGGUUGUGUUUACUCUGAGAGCUCUGCCACUCCCGCGAGCACGUCAGGGCAUUGUUCCCGACGAUCCAAGAGAAAAAGUCCAUUGUUGCUGCGAACUUUUUAAUCUGGGGAUUUAAAGUCCAUCACAUGCUCAGACGGGGCAGCGGGGAGCUCAACCACAACAGGCAAACUGCUGCUAAAAUCCAUACCGAGGAGGAAAGCAUUCACCCAGACAGGACUGAGAGAAACAUUUUUAUAAACACAGCAAUGCCAGCACACUUUUCAGGACUGUAGGGUCUCAGAGAGAGUUGUGUAAAACAGUCCGACAAGGAGACUGAUUUUUUUUCCUCUCCUCUGGAGCAAACUGUUCAGUGGCGUUUUUAUUUUUUCCCCCACAGGAUAAACAUGAAGCAAAAAUACAGCCAGAGAUCUUUAAUUGUUCUGUCGUUACUGGGGAUCUUAUCGGCUAUCAUGACCGUUUUAUCAGUGAUUUUAAUCUUCCAGCUGCAGUCCCAACAGAAGACGGUGAAGGAGUCUCCCCCUUCCAUCUCCGCGGUCAUACCCCCUCAUAUUUGGGCCGUCCUGCUUCCAGUCUCCACGGUGCUCUCAGCGCUGUCCCUCACCCUUAACUUGAGCUCUGUGGUUGUGUGUCUGCUCCACAGCUACUUUUCGACUGAAGUCUGCAGAGGGGAGCAGGAUACCGACAGAGCAGACUGGUUCCUUUUGGACAGCAGAGCUGUGCGACAUGUGGCUGUUGGCCUCUUCUGCCUGGGGGUGUCUGUUUACUUGGCAGCUAUGUCCAUCUUCAUGCUCCUGAUAUUUGAGAUGGAGACGGGGAUUGCCAAUGCCUGCGUGCUCUCCUCUGGGAUCCUGAUCCUGGUAGUGGCUGUAAUACACUCUCUGGUGAAAGCUUCCCUUGCUGGAAAGCACUAUCACAACGACCACAUUGACACCCUCUAUCAGAAUGACCACGGUGCUAGCAGCACGCCUGUCUCUAGACCCUGUGAACUAAGGAUUGGCGUGGACAAACCGCGGAUACACCGCAGCCAGUCCCACCUCCAGCAUCCCCUCUCCUAUCCUCCGAGACAGCGAGAACCAUAUCAGCAGCAGUACUCCCCUACAGAAGGCUCUCAGGGCCACUCUAGUGAUAAAGACGGAUACAGCAGCGGUGGUAGUUUUCCUCGGAUGCACAGGACCCUGUCUACUGAGUCUGGCUUACUGCAGGCCCAGAUAAAACCCUGGAAUGGGGUCAACAAUGAGAUGAGGAGUGUUCUUGCACGCAAGUCGGGGAUUUCGGCAAAAGACUCCACACUUGUGUGACAUAAAAUUAGCUGAACUCCGGAUCAAAGGAAGGAAUAAUUAAAGGAGUGAGUCCUGCUCAUGGGUGCUACAUGUGAAAUUCCCGUUUGGAGGCUGAGCUCUUAGCUUGUAAAUUUUUCAUCACGGGACUGAGCGUGACAACAAACACAUUCACAUUAUGCAGUAUUUUUAACAUGAUGGAAAACAUAUUGCAUCAUAUUAGGAACGAACUUGAAUUAAAUGUACAUGCCAAUGCCACCCAAUUAUCAAUGUGGCACAUUUAUAGAUUUUGUUAUAAUAAUGUAAAUAUUAUAUUCUGCUGUACAUAGUGGCUUUAAGUCAUUUAUGUGUGAAUGAUGUCCUGAUGUGUUUUGUUAAGCUUUCAAAUGAUUUCUCAUAAACUUUAAAUAAAUUCUUGAAAAUAGAAUUAA